UUGCGUGUGACGUAGGGAGAGACCAGGAAGUGGCUCAGGCGGCUAACAGGCUAGCACGGGUUACGCGACUGAAAAUGAGUUUACGUCUGAAAAAUAGUUCUGUCUAUUUUCAAAAGCUGAAACGAGAUUGACAUUUUGUUCACGGUAAGACAAUUCGGACUAGGAGAACUACCUGCAUUAACAGCAGUCAAGCAGCUGAAUAAGGAUGAAGUUAGCUUGAUGCUAAUGUGAAAUGAAAUAAAUAGCAGUAGUCACUUUAGAUUGUAGCAGCCAGUCUCCGAGUGGUUCAUACGUAUUUGGUUUGUGCUAAUCGUGACUAUUCCACUUCAGUUAAACAGACGGCAAUACAAGAGUACCUUCACUCUAAACGAUAUCUAAUAGUGACAGUGCUACCACAUUGUACAGUGAAAUGAGAGCGUUGCCACACUGUGACACUUAGAUGGGAGUACAAUAUAAAGCUGAGUAGGUAGUGAUGGGGGACGUUUCAGCUUCUCAUAAGGAUUUUCUUAUAUUGUGUUAGAUCAUUGUAGUCCAAAUAUCUUUGAGAUUUGGAUUGUCGAUUGAACAAAAAGGCGAAAAGUUGUCACCUUGGCCUCUGAGAUAAAUUGAUGAGCAUUGUCACUGUUCUCUGACAUGCCAUUGACUAAACGAUUAAGUGGUUGCUCCAGAAAAACCCAACCCAACAGUCAGCAAGCCAAAGGUAUUCAAUUUACAACGACUCUAAAUAGUGAAAAGCACUAGCGAGGAGCACAUUCACACAGAGAAUCUAAAAUGGGCCAACGAAGGAGAUCGGCAGCUAUCAAUAACCCUUCAUUGCAGAGAGUCCCUGGAGCUGCUCCAGAGGUUGCCAGAGUCCCCAGCAGGAAGCACAACAUCUGCAUGGUGUCUGACUUCUUCUAUCCAAAUAUGGGAGGAGUGGAAAGUCACAUUUACCAGCUCUCCCAGUGUUUGAUUGAAAAGGGACACAAGGUGGUAAUUGUCACCCAUGCCUACGGCAGGAGGAAGGGUGUCAGAUAUCUCACCAAUGGACUGAAGGUCUACUACCUUCCACUGCAGGUGAUGUACAACCAGUCUACAGCCACCACCUGCUUCCACAGUCUCCCCCUGCUGCGCUGUGUGUUUGUAAGGGAAAGCAUCACUGUAGUGCAUGCACACAGCUCCUUCUCUGCCAUGGCCCAUGAUGCACUGUUCCACGCUAAGACAAUGGGCCUGAACACGGUGUUCACUGACCACUCACUUUUUGGCUUUGCUGAUGUGAGCUCUGUGCUGACCAACAAGCUUCUGACUGUGUCAUUGUGUGACACCAACCACAUUGUGUGCGUGUCCUACACCAGCAAGGAGAACACAGUGCUCCGUGCAGCACUCAACCCAGAGAUAGUGUCUGUUAUUCCCAAUGCUGUUGACCCUACAGACUUCACUCCUGACCCCUCCCAACGCAGAGACGACAGGAUUACUAUUGUUGUGAUCAGUCGUCUCGUCUAUCGCAAAGGAAUUGAUCUUCUUGGUGGGAUAAUUCCAGAGCUCUGCCUCAAGCAUCCAGAUCUGCAUUUCCUUAUUGGUGGAGAGGGACCAAAGAGAAUUGUGCUGGAGGAAGUUAGAGAGAAAUACCAGCUGCAUGACAGGGUACGUCUGCUCGGGGCUUUGGAGCAUAAAGAUGUUCGGGGUAUUCUGGUGCAGGGUCACAUCUUUCUGAACACGUCUCUGACUGAAGCGUUCUGCAUGGCCAUUGUGGAGGGAGCCAGCUGUGGACUGCAGGUGGUUAGCACUCGUGUGGGGGGCAUUCCUGAGGUGUUACCCGAGGACCUGAUCACCCUGUGUGAACCCACUGUCCGGUCACUGUGUGUUGGUUUGGAGACAGUCAUCGCCCGACAGCGUUCAGGGUCUGUCCCCUCCCCCGCCUCCAUCCAUGCUCGUGUGCAAAACCUCUACACCUGGAGAAAUGUUGCAGAGAGGACUGAAAAGGUGUAUGACAGAGUGUCUGGAGAGGAGGUGCUUCCCCUGGACAGAAGGUUACGGAGGCUGAGGGCUCACUGCGGCCCUGUGGCUGGCUCCAUCUUUGCAUUUGUGGCUGUUUUAGACUUUCUCUUCCUGCUGCUUCUGCAGUGGUUGGUGCCAGACCAGGUCAUGGACGUUGCUGUGGACGCCACUGGCCCUCAUGGAUUGUGGAGGCAGCGACCAAGCAGUGAAGUUGGCACAAAGCGAGCAGCAAAACCAGAUAAUUUGUCAUAAUAACCUCCUCUCACUUUUAGCUGCUUCGUGUGGAGCUUUUCAUUUGGCACUUUUGGCCACUUUGAGUCAAACUAUGCCUCACUGAGGGCCUGUGGGUGUCAUAUUCACCCCAGGAUGGUGCUGACUGCCAUUUCAGAUAUGGCUACUGAAAGAUGAAUGUGCUCAUGGUGACAUUGUUUACAUUUACUUAUCAAAAGAAACCUUGUGCAAAAGCAUUUUCUCUAAGACUUGCAAUGAGUGUUUUUUAUAUUUAAUGAUUAAAAUGGAAAUUUAUGGCACAUCUUGGAUCUGUAAAAGCCAUUUUUUGAUUUGUUAUACACUGUAUAGAUUGCACUAAUCAGAGUGGGUAAAAGGGCUUCAUUGUACACUAAUGGGCAGUAACCUAUUUUCAUUUAGAUGCAUUACAUACUUCAAGUGGAACAAUGGUUUGUUGGUGAAAUUCAGCUUGUGCAAAGCUUUCUGUCAGUGCAUCUUGCAUUUGUUUGAAUGAUUUUUGUCAUCAUGAAUGCCACUCCUAUAGUAUUUAUAUGAGACCUGUGAUUUUUUCAGAUGAUAACAAGGCAAGGCAAAUAAAGCACACUUUGUGAUGUUUCA